AUGGACAAAAAAUUCAUAUUCGUAUUUAUUAAAAUAUCAGGGUUUACACUUUUACCUUGGAUAUGUCACUUUUGUAAUGGCAUGAGCUCUUUAUAUAUAAAUUUGGAUGAAAUAUGCAAUCUUUGUAGAAAGACAAAUACAAGAAAUUAUCGAUUAUUAACAAUAUAUGAAAAGGAUAAAGAUUCAUGUAUUCUAAAUUUUAAAGAAGAAUUGCCAAAUGAUGAAGUGAAGAAAAAAAAAAAAUAUAUAAUAAUGAAAAAGGAACAUACGAAAAGCACAAAUCAUCACAUAGAAGUUCAUUAUAUAUUGAGGAAUACGGUAAAAAUAAUGAGAAAAAUAAAUACAAAGAAAUAUCUCGCUUUUGAAAAAAAAAUAUUUAAAGAACUUGAUUAUAAAGAUUACCUUAAAAACAUCAAGGAAAUUGAAGAUAAGGAAUAUAAGAAAGUAUCACGUAAAAAACGCAGAAAACGAAUUAUUUUACUUUUGUUAUUUUUCUUGGUAUUGAUGAUACCUUUAAUAGAUUUUUCAUUAGAAAAACUUUUAACAGGUGGAUUGUUAGGUUCAUUAGGAUUAUUAUACAUAAAAAGAAAUAAUGGUGUGGAUUCAGUAGAGGGCUUUUUGAGUACCUUGUUUGAUAUAGAAAAUUGGAGUAAUUCAAAUAAAAUAUGUGCAGGAACUAUUUUCUUUUACUGUGUACCUUUUCUUAUAUUUGUUAUCAUAUUUUAUAUUAGGAAUGGUUUACUACCAUAA